AUGACGUCCACAAAGUCCCACCUGCCAAUCGGCAGGAUCAACACGAUCAUGAAGAGCUCUUCCGACGUGGAAAACGUCGGUAAAGACUCCGUCAUCCUGAUGUCGAAGGCGGCCGAGUUGUUCAUAAGGAAACUGGUCGUGGACAGUUUCAACUGCAUGAAGCAGAAGGAUCCUUCUAGCAGGACCCUGAAAUACCAGAACCUGGCCACCGUGGUGCAGAGGUCCAACAAGUACCAUUUCCUCAAGGACAUGACUCCCAUGAAGAUAACCGUGAGGGAGUACAAGAGGAUUAUGGCCAGGAAGAAUGGAAAGGAGGCUGAUGUGGAGGAGGAAGAGGACGAGGAAAUGCCGGAAGAGGCGUCUAGCGAGAGCGGAAGUGACGACGAGGGUAGCAUUAGCAGUAGCGGGAGUAGCGGAAGUGUUGUCAGUGUACUCAGUGAUUGA